AUGAAUUGCAAUAGUAAUAAUAAUAAUGGAACAACAGUAGAGAAAGUAGAACGUAAUUUUCACUUAAAAGAAGGAGGUGGAGUUCUCGGAAUUGAUUUAGGAACAACCAAUAGUUGUGUGGCCAUCAUGGAAGGAAAUCACUUGGAUGCAGUUCAUGUUCGAGUGUUGGAGAAUGAAUUGGGAUUUAGAACGACUCCUUCGGUGGUUGCAUUUGAUUCUCAGGAUAAAUUGAUUGUUGGUGAGCCAGCCAAGAGGCAAGCCAUCAUGAAUCCAAAGAAUACUUUGCAUGCUGUGAAGAGAUUGAUUGGAUUGUCGUAUGAGGAUGCUAGGAAAAAUGGCCAUUCAUUACCAUUUGAGUUAGUUAGUGGAAAGAGAGGUCAGGUGGCUAUUCGAAUGGGAAAUGGAAAGGAAUUUUCUCCAACACAGAUCAGUGCCUUCAUUUUGCAACAUAUGAGGGAUGUAGCUCAACAAUAUUUGGGACAGAGAAUUGAUAGGGCAGUAAUUACAGUACCUGCCUAUUUCAAUGAGAAUCAGAAACAGGCCACGAUGGAUGCUGGAAUGAUUGCUGGAAUCACAGUGGAGAGAAUUAUCAAUGAACCAACAGCUGCUGCUUUGGCUUAUGGAUUGGGAGGAAAGAGAUUCUCCAAUUUUGAAAUUAAUGAUCGAGAUGGAACUAUCGUAGUAUUUGAUUUGGGAGGAGGAACUUUUGAUGUGAGCAUUUUGGAAAUUAGUGGAGAUGUUUUUCAAGUUGUUGCUACGAAUGGAGAUGCAUUUUUGGGUGGUGAGGAUUUUGAUAAUCGAAUUCUUCAGUGGAUUGUGAAAAAGUUCAAGGAAGAGCAAAAGGUAAACUUGGAAGAAGAUCCAUUGGCUUAUCAGAGAUUGAAAGAGGCUGCUGAGAAGGCCAAAAUUGAACUUUCCUCAGUAAUUUCUACAGAAAUUAAUUUGCCGUUCAUUGGAAGAAAUGCAUUCGGACCUGUAAAUUUGAAAAUGACUUUGAAGAGAAGUGAAUUCGAAACCAUGUGUGCUGAUUUAGUGGAACGAACCCUCAAACCAGUUCAGAAGUGCAUGAAAGAUGCUGGAUUGAGGCCAAGCGACAUUUCACAAGUGAUUCUCGUAGGAGGAAUGACCAGAAUGCCACUUAUUGAGAAAAUGGUUUCCUCCUAUUUCCAACAAACUCCCAACAAGUCCGUAAACCCUGAUGAAGCAGUUGCCAUUGGAGCAGCCAUUCAAGGAAGUAUUUGUAGUGGCCAAUUAGUAGAAACCAAACAGUCAAUAAUCUUGUUGGAUGUUGUACCUCUUUCAUUGGGUGUUGCCUUAGUGAACGAUGUUUACAAGGUCAUGAUACCGAGAAAUACUCAAGUUCCAGCUCGAUUUGCUGAUCAUUUCACAACAAUUAAGGACAAUCAAACCAACAUUCUAAUUGACAUUUACCAGGGAGAACGUGAACUGGCCUCCAAAAACAAAAACCUCGGUCAAAUGGUCCUCAGUGGCAUCCCACCAGCUCCUAAAGGUAUUCCAAAUAUCAAGACCACAUUCUCCAUCGAUGUCAAUGGUCUCCUAUUCGUGGAAUCCGAAGAUAUGGCCUCAGGAAGUCAAGUCAACAUGUUUAUCACCUCCCACAACUCUCUGACCAAUCAGGAAAUUGAGGAAAUGAGAAAAUUAGCAGAACAAUACAAAUAUCAAGAUACUCAACAAGUGGAAUGGAACGUUAAAAAGACAGAAUCUGAGGAAUUGAUUCAAAAAUGUGAAAAUUCUCAACAUGUUGCGAAAGAUUCAUCAAAUGAAAAACAAGCAGAGUUGGGAGAAGCCAUUCGUGAAUUGAGACAUAGUGUUUCCAAUAGAGAUUCUGCUAAAUAUACCUCCAUUACAGAUCUCUUAAAGAGAAUGUCAUUCUAA